CGGCCGGGGCGGCGGCGGAGCGGAGCGGAGCGGAGCCGGGAUGGCAGGAACGCUGCGGGCCGCCCUGGCACUGGGGCUGCUGGCGGCAGCUCAGCCCGCACCGGCCGCGGGGCAGCAGCGGCGGCAGGCGGAGCUCUUCCUGGAGAAAUACGGCUACUUCAGCGAGCCGGGGGCCGGCACACACAGCCCGGCCGAGUUCAGCGAGGCGCUGAGGGAUUUCCAGCGGGUGACCCACCUCCCGCUCAGCGGGGUGCUGGAUGCCCGCACCCUCCAUCAGAUGGCUCUGCCCAGGUGUGGCACCGAUGACAGCGACAGCCGCGCUGCCGGGGCAUGGCCCGCCCGGCGCCGCCGGCGCACGGCACAGCACGGCGGGCGCUGGUACAAGCGGCACCUGACGUACCGGGUGGUGAACUGGCCGCCCUACCUGCCGCAGCACGAGGUGCGCCGGGCCGUGAGAGCCGCCUUCGAGCUCUGGAGCAACGUGUCCUCCCUGCUCUUCUGGGAGGCGCAGCAGGGCCCCGCCGACAUCCGCCUCACCUUCUUCCACGGCGACCACAACGAUGGACUCAGCAACGCCUUCGAUGGGCCAGGAGGUGCCCUGGCUCACGCCUUCUUCCCCCGGCGAGGCGAGGCGCACUUCGACAGCGCCGAGCGCUGGUCCCUGCGCAGCGGCAAAGGGCGCAACCUCUUCAUCGUGGUGGCCCACGAGGUGGGGCACACGCUGGGGCUGCAGCACUCGCCCGCCAAGAGCGCCCUCAUGUCCCCCUACUACAAGAAACUCAGCAAGGAUUUUGUCCUCAGCUGGGAUGACAUCUUGGCAGUCCAGAAUUUGUACGGAAAGCCCUCCAAGGGCUCGGCCAUCCAGCUCCCAGGAAAGGUCUUCACUCACUUCCAGGACUGGAACACUGAUCUUUAUGGCAGGGACCAACAGCAGAGGAGCCUCAGCACCUACUACUGCCACUCCUUCUUCGAUGCCAUAACUGCAGAUGGGGAUCACAACCUCUACAUCUUCAAGGGCAGCCACUACUGGGUGGUGUCAGCCAGUGGCAAUGCCAGUGACCCACGGCCACUGCAGCCCCGCUGGCCCGGGCUCCCCCCCAGCAUCGACGCCUGCGCCUGGUCCCAGCUCAGUGGGAAGUUCUACUUCUUCAAAGGUGGCCGAUGCUGGCGCUACGCGGGCUCCGAGCUGGAGGCAGGAUUCCCCCGAAAAUGCAGCGCGCUGGGGCUGCCCCGGCACCCGGACACCGCGCUCUACUUCCAGCAGCUCCGGCGGCUCGUCCUCUUCAAAGGCCCCAAAUACUGGGUGCUGGGCGAGGAGCCGCUGGGCGUGGAGCCCUAUUACCCGCGGAGCCUGCGGGACUGGGCAGGGCUGCCCGCGGGCACGGCCGGGGCUCUCACCCACCGCGACGGCUCCGUCUACUUCUUUCGGGAUGAGCAGUACUGGAAAUUCGACCAGGCUAAGCUGCGAGUGGUGGCCACCGGCAAAUGGGCCACGCAGCUUUCCUGGAUGGGCUGCUGGGAUGCCGACAGCGAGCAGGUUCUUCUCUGAGCACUUUCUUUCCUGGGCUCUGGAGCUCACCUCGCUCCCUGCUGCCUGGAUGCUGCUUUGUGGCUCUGGGUUCUGUCUGAGGAUGCCCAGGCAGGAGCUGUGGGAUGGUGCAGCUGUGGCCCAGCAGAGCUCAGAUGCAGCUGGGACAGAUGUGCCACAGCCAGGUGGCCUGGAGACUUUGGGACACUGUAUUUUUUUUUAAAGACCACCAAAAAAAAAAAAUGUAUAAGCCAUGGAGACUGCAAACACACCCAUUUCUGUUAACUUCCAGGAUAUUGCUACACGUGUUUUUCAAACCAGGACUGGGGUUUGGUGAUACUUUUUGAUAUCUUUGUUGAUAUUUGUUGAUAUCUGUCAUUUUCCCAUGAUCAGGCAGAGAAGUGUCUUGCUGGUUGCUUUGGGAUUUGGAUGGUUUUAAGUAACAGACUGAGAACAUGUCCUGCUUAAAACUACACAAAAAGAGACAUUUGGACAAAAACUUGGGUCCACGUGGAGCUUUGCCCCUGCUGCUUGUUCAGACCCCAGGUAUGGAGGGUUGGGAUGCUUUGCUGGGCUGUGCUCACAUCCCAGAGCUCUGCUGAAGCACCAGGUGGAGACACCACCACAGAGGGAUUUUGGGGCUGGGAGCAGAGGGGUUUGGUGUAGAGGGAAAGGGGAGGCUCAGCUGGGCUGCUGGCUGUGUCACUGUGCUGCUCACAGGCAGCAGGAGCACUGACUUUAGGAUGGGUUUGGGGUGCCUGGCUGGGUUCUCUGUGUCUAACAAGGGUUGUGCUCCCCUGGCAGCCCUCACUGUGUGCAAAGUGUGCACUGUGUGCUCUGCUGGCUCUGCAAGGGACAGGACCAGCCAGUUUCUGAGCCCCACCUGGAUGAACAGGAGGGACAAAUAACUGGGGGAGGAGGGGAAGAGGAGAGGGUGAGCAGGACAGAGGGACAUGUCUGUGCAUGCAGGCCCACAGGGACAGCGUGGCUGCAUAUUCCUCAUUCCUUCCCCAAGGCAGACUCCCCACCUGGAAACACUGCUGGCUCCUGGGCAGCCACCAGCUCUGCCUGCAAAGGGCCAUCGUGUGCCAGGGCUGGGGAUGGAGCUCAGCUUCCCAGAGCUGCAAUUCUGAGGAACUGGUGCUGAGCAAGACAGGGCUCAGCUUUAUUAAAUGAUUUACUGAAAUCAUUUAUCCAGAGGUUCUCCCAGGACUCAGACCCCAGCCUCUGCCAUGUCAGGGCACCCUCCUGAUGCCAGCAGCUUCAAGGAUUCCUCUUUUAUUCAUCUUUGCCCAUUCUAGACCUUCCCUGCAGAGCAGGGCUUGCCCUAAGCAGGGUGCCAGGGCCGGUACAUCCCCGGGGCUUUCGGUGCUGCCAGCUGAGCUGGGUUUGGCAGGAUGGGGAGCAGCACUCUUCCCAUUCCCCACAACACUUGUGAGUGAGCCCUUCAUGAGCAGGCACAGACACAGGGUCUUCAUCUGCCUAAAACCUCAGGGGACUUUCCACGUUGCCAAAGAAACGGCCCUGCAGCAUUUCCAUUGGAAUUGAAUGAUAAUGAGGUGACGUUUCCUGCAGGGCGUCCCAAGGGCUUGGAGACCUGACAGCAAAUAAAACCAAAUUCUGGAUA